CACAAUUCAUCCAGUAUGCGUUUGGAGUAUGGUGUAGCCGGUUUUCUCCCAGCUGAUUUCACUCACUCACCUCAUCUACAGAUCUUGCAGCAGUUGAAGAAUACCUUGCAUACAAUGUCGUCGACAAAAAAAGUUUCUCUAGAAUUUAAAGGCCUUAUGGCUCCAGUAUUUACAUCUUUCAACAACGACGAAAAACGAACUAUUCGAGUGGACAAUAUCGAUGGUUAUGCGAAAUUCCUUAAAUCCGAAGGCAUCCAUGGAGUUCUCGUCAAUGGAACAACUGGAGAAGGUCCUGUCCUCAACUUGGUAGAAAGGAAACUAGUUACAGAGAAAUGGUGGGAGGCAGCAAAGAAAUAUGAUUUGACUUUGAUGGUACAAAUAGGUGGUGCUGCCCUUCCGGAUGUUAUUGAAUUGGCCAUUCAUGCUGAAUCGCUUGGUGUGCAUGCCAUUUUGUGCUUACCCGAAUUGUACUUUAAGCCAAAGAACGUGGAGGCUUUAGUCGAAUACUUUAAAUUGAUAUCGAAAUAUUGUCCAAAUACACCUUUACUCUACUAUCAUAUUCCAAUGUUUGUUGGACUGAAUUUUCAUAUGCCAACUUUCUGUGAUCUAGCUGAAGCUGCAAUUCCCAAUUUUGUUGGUAUAAAAUACACUUCCAAUGAUUUAGCUGUUGGAUCAGCUUGUCUUAAAAAAGGACGAAGUAUAUUUCUUGGAGCCGAUACACUCCUAGUAGCUGGACUAGUAAUGGGUUUUGAUUCAGCAAUUAUGACUACUCUUAACAUCUGCCCCUAUUUAUCAGUGGCUAUUAUGGAACACAUGAAAAAAGGAGAGCUCUCAAAAGCUCAAGAAGCCCAAAAAGAUUUAACUUUGAAUAUAGAUAAAAUUCUCCAAGAAGGUAAUGGUGAAUGGGUGCCAUCAAUGAAACAGGCCUUCAAUAAAUUCAACCGAUACCAACCGAAUGGUGGACAUGCUGGUCCAGUUCGUGAAUUUCACUGCAUUUGAUGAUAUACAAUAAAUUAAAUUAAAAAAAAAAAUAAUAAAAAAUUAAAAUUAUAUGAUAACAUGAUUUUUAUGAAUAAUAAUAUAUGCAGCAUGCAUUAUUUGUGAUUUUGUUUUUUUUUGUUUUAAAUUUAAAUAAAUGAAAUAGUAAAAAAAGAGUAAACAAUUGUGUACAAUCGAAACAAAAAAAUUAAAUGAUCAUCAAAAAUA